AUGGAUCCCCCGCAAAAUGAAACUACGCCGCCGAGAUACUGGCUCGAGUUUCGCACCUUGCACAACGGCGAUCACGACUGUCCAGAAGCCCCCACCACGGCAACCUUCCACGAUUUCCCCAGGCUGCCUACUGAGUUGCGAGUCAAAAUCUGGAUGCAUCUCAUACAGCCGCGGAUUGUCAUUGCUUGCUGCCUCGACCGUUCAGCCGAGGACCUUGACGAACGGAGAGCGCAGCUGCGUGCUCGCACGACCAACUACAACAACGGCAUCCCCGUACUUUUGCAUAUAAGUCAGGAGGCACGAGCUGUCGGUUUGCGAUACUAUGAGCCGGCAUUUAGUUGGAGCGUUGGCAGAACCGUCUCAGAUAUGCCAUCGUCGGGUCCCUCAACGGCGUACUUUAAUUUCGAGCUCGACGCUCUCUACAUAUUUGGCGAGUUGGAGGUCUUUGGAGAGGGUGGUAUGAACACGCCUCUUCCAUACUUUCUGCACCAAAAAGAUACUAGCCGUGUCCAGAGCGUUGCAUGUUCGUUCCGCGAGCUAGGCUAUCCUGACACCGGGGGCGACCAAAUCUUUGGAAGACUGUGGCAUGUAGCAGAUCGAUUCUCUGCGGUCGAUAAGGUGUGGAUGGCCCUCAGCAAGGAAGAUGAGGAAGAGUACAAUGAAGAGGCCCAGUUUAUGGCCACGACGGCGAGCAAUGUUAUCCAACAGAUAUGGGACGCUUGGACUGUGAGCACCCGGUGGGGAGCAUCAAACGAGACACUGGUUCGGAAAAAGAUGGUCUUUGUCAAGGAAGUCGAUCUUUUGAAUAUUGUUUUGGGAGUUGAUCAGAGAGAGUAG